AUGGUCUUGACUGAUAGCCUCGGCACUACUGUUGUGAAAACUCUUCAUCAGCUUGGAAUUGUACCGGAGUACCUUCAACUAGAAGAGGCCUUUAGACUCUCUUCAGAUGUUCCUAUAGACAAUCGGGCAGGAGGAAGUAGGAUGCAAAACGGUCUAGGUACAAUACCAUGGAUCAGACGAAUAUAUGGUCAGUGCGCUCUCACGGCGGGAACGCCCAGCGGUCUCUUGCAACUACGGCAAAUUCUCUAUGAAGAAAAGGCGAGAUUACCAACUCCGAAUAACCCACGACAGCACAUACCAAUCGUCCACUUAUCGAUGCAUGCUCUCGAAAUGGUAGUAGCUGGCAAGAAAGCUACUAGAUGUAUUCUAGAGGAUGGAAUCGGCAAGGCUCAUUUGGUAGAAGCGGACGAGCUCGGCAAACUGCUGGGAUUGGACAACAACAAUAUGCUUGUAUUCAUAAACGCUUGCAAAUCUGAAUCUGUCGGUGAAGUAUUCGCCUCCCAUUUUGGUGUCAAACACGUCGUGUGCAUCGGUCACGAGGCGGCUAUACUAGACGUAGCUGCUACCCUUUUCACUCAAGAGUUCUAUGCUGCAUUAUUAUGUCCUACCGUCACCAUCCAACACGCCUUCAAUCGGGCUAGGCAUGCUGUUAAGUUUUCUGCUAAUCCCAAGAUCGCCUCCCAGUACACCCUAUUUCACCUCCUCCCGGAAGGAGGAGACCAUGACGUGCCGGUGUGGGCAACUUCAGCGUCAGAUAACAAGUCCUUGUCAACGAUGGGAAAUGCGAUGCGAUACUAUCCCUCUAGUAUGCUCAGCUCGGAGAAUGAUUUAACGAGAGGAAAUCAAGGAUACUCUUUCGACCGCAACUUGCGCCCAGUAGCAGUUCGAUGCAUCCCUGCGGAAGCCGCUGAUUCGGAUGAUGACGAUGAAGGAGACACUCCAACUCAAACGCCCUUCCAGUUGACCGAGAAACCAUCAGUGCCGCUGGGCUCGAGCAAUCUCGGCAUCGAAGGUUCCCCAUUGGAAAACGCAGCGCCGGUCGAGGACUUCCUAGGGCCUUCUGGUUCUGGCAAGAGGACUCUGGUAACACAAACGGCUAUGUAUUAUUCACUUCCGGGUGGGAGGUUCUUUUCUGGCGGGGCAUGCGUGGUCCUCUUACCAAGAUUAUGGCCUAUGGAGAAUACAAACUUACCGAAGUUGUAUGUGCAAGGGGACGGUGCAGGAGGUGAAAAUGAUUCAUUGACUGCCUCGGAGGUCGCCGAUAGAUUCAUACGGGUUGUGAUGAAGGAAAUACGGACUACGAUUCGGUUGCUGAAGGAGUGGUAUCCACCACAAACCCGUAGUACAAUGCCAGACGAGUAUGAGGAAGAUGAGGAAGAGUUGUUUGCUGAUGACGAGGAGGGUCUUUCUUCAACAUCACAUGGCCCUACGUUGACUGGAAAACGCUCUCCUGCUGUUGGUGGUGGUGGAGGAGGAAGCCUCAGCGAUAACGAUAUGACCAUAUCGCAUUCAAGUGGAUCGCUAACACCACUCGAGCGAACGUCUGUGAAUCGAUCGAUAUCUUCGGCACAUUAUGCUGAGAAGGAGAGUAUAGAGGAGUUGGAAAUGGAGCUGUUUGGAGUUGCUACGAGGAGUGGUAUGGGUGCGGCAGGAGGUCUCGGCACUCGGGGCUAUAAGGUCUUCUUAUCAGAGCAGUUUGCAGAUGCCUCUGCACUGGAGCAGUUCUUGAAGGGAUAUAAUGUUCCUCCAAUUCCAGUUAGCCGAUUGUUGAAGGAGCUCAGAGAGAAUGGGACUCAACUGCAGGAUUGGGGUACGGGUAGGCUGGUACGCGUAGUGCAUGUUGUGCGAUGUAUGAUAUCUGUUGCUGAUGAAAUGGAGCAGCGAGAGGAGAUCGAAGAUGUUGAGGGUGAACAUAAGAAAGCACGGUGUUUGGUUGAGAGAAGGAUUACUGAUGGGAAGCUGAAGUUGUUGUCGAAAAAAUUCGAUCCCGUGACGGAAAACGUGUUGGAGGUGUGUUCUGAGGCUGUGAAGAAAGAGAUAGCGCAUUCAGUUUCGGAUGUUAGUGUUAGAAAGGUGGUAAUGCGUAACCGCAAGCCUCUGGUGGAGCUCGAGAGGAGUAGUCCGACGUAUGAGGGGUUGGCAACGAAAUAUGUGUUGUAUACUACUGAAGUCCUACUGGACGGACUGCCGUCUGGAGUAGAGGAGUUUGAGACCACUGAGGCACCCGUGUCGGGGGGAAAUGCGAAUAGUAGUGACUGGGCUCUUGAGAAUGGACAUAAGAGCAGCCCGAGAGUUCAUCAUUGGGAGUGGCUGGAUAGAGAUUGUGCGGAGGACCUGUUCUUAAGGGAGGGUCAUGGAGAAGCUGCCGCUGCGGGAGAGCAGAAGAGUUUGUUUGGGGCGCCGUCAGCCCCUCAACAAUCAUUGGAGUUGGAGUUGGCCUCGGGUGUGGCAAGGCAAGUGAGGGGAGAGCAUGCUAAGGGGACAGCUAUGUCCAAGGUGGAGGCGGCGACUAAGAGAUUACAGCGAACACGUCACGAAUGGGCCCGAGCUAUGCGAGAGUGGGCCAAUGUAACGGACACUAUGAACAGUGCGCGGUCGCCGUCCUCAUCUGUAUUGGUGUUGUUGCGGGCAGAAUGUUAUAUGCCUAUACCAGAGAUAAGGCAGCUACUUGGGCAGGCACUGAGCAAGCAUAGGAAUCUCAAGACGAUGUCAGUAGCGUAUAAGGUAGUGUGCUUCCGACUACCGCCUUUGCAGCCGCUCGAUGCGGCUAUGCUUUUUGCGAGAAGAGUUCAUAGACCCAUAUAUGAAGCUGAUAUUCGUAUUACAACUACAACCAUGUUGGAAGAAUUUGACGCUGCUGGAGGGGAGAGGACAGGCACUGAUACUAGAGUAUUAUGUCUCAACGACUCGCAGUCAGAGGGAUUGGGUAACUUGGCGCGAUUAGCAAAGCAUCCGGUGCUGGUUGCGGCAUUGGUUGGGCCACAAACUCCGACUAUUCUCCAUAUAAUGCCGGCAGUUCGCGAGCUGUUGGGCUUUGGAGGAAACAAGGAGCAUGGGGAGGAGUCGACUGAGAUGAGAAAAGCGGGGGGAACUCCAGGGAAGAAAACGGUGGAGGAACUCCCCCAGCUUAGCGGACGGCCUGAUAGAAUUAAAGGAGAUAUGGAUGUAACGAUGACUCCGGAAGGGCUUUCAGACGUUCGGGAGUCUCGUGUGGGGAUAUGCUAUGAUUUUGCGCGGAAUCAAUGGGUCGCUCGUUAUGGUGUUACAAUUGAGACCUUCCCUCUCAACCCGGGACCACUGGAUUCUAAGAUGCCGAAGUUUGAAGCGGCAUUUAGAAUGGCUACUCAGUGGUUCGACAAACAAUGUGAGAUGCAUAGGAGUCGAGCUGUGUUGUUGGAUGGAGAAGGGACGAAGGAACGAGGGUCUUUGGAGAGGCGGCCGAAUAGCAUUGCGGGGGAGCAUCAACCUAAGAAGAAGGCCAAGGCUGGUGUAGAGAAGGAGCAGCCUCGACGUGAGAACCGACUAGAAACGGCAGUUGAAGGGCCUGGGGAGGAGAGUCCUCUGGUCCUCGACAGCGUCACCAACGUACACGACUAUCGCAAUGAUGGAGUCGACGAGGAGUACUUGGUAACUGGCAAGAGCCGAGGUCAACUGCAUAAGAAGGUGUGGAUCAAAAUAUCACAGUGCUCGGCUAAGAAGGAUGAGGACAUGUUACGAGCAUUCCGAGAUAAGCGCCUGGGUGAUGACGAUGAUGGAAGCGAUUCGGAGUCUGUGUAUGAGUUGGAGUGCAUCGAAGGAUAUAAGAAGUCGGGCAAGAAGGAGGAGUUUUACGUCAAGUGGCGAGGGUAUAGCUCGGCAGAGAACACCUGGGAGCCGCUGAGGAACCUCACAGGGGUUAGUACGGAAGAAAUAGAGGAGGCUAGGCAGAAGUUCGGUGGGAAGAAGGCGACGGCGAAACGUGGAACGAAAAAAAGUGGAAAGGAUGCGCAUCUGAGUGACUCGAAUUCACGUGAGGUUACUGAGAUGUGGGGAGCGAGCGGGGAGAGGCGGGGGAGAGCUCGAGAGAUGGCGAGGAGUCCGCGGUCGCUUGUCUGUCUGGUUCGAGCAGCGAUCGCCUCCAACACGGCGUGUGAGUGCAUCUCUAGUUGCGGUGCCGGUCUUCUAUCUGCGGCUAAGGCUUGGUGUUAUGUUGAUUCGAAGGGAUGUGGUGUUGGUACAUGUAGUUGCUUUGGCGCCUCUGAGAAGCUGUACGACUAUUGUGAUGACAGUCUUGGUAUCAUCCGAAAAGAACGCGAAAAAACUCGAAGGGAAGUAGAGGAUCUCAGAAGCAAACUGGAUGAGCUGCGGAGUCGGCUUAAUCUCGACGACUCGACUGAGCUUGCUCAAAAGGCUGUUCUUGAGGAGAAGGAGGUCCAGCGGGAGGAGCUCGAGACUGUUAUAUCGUCACAGAAAGGUGUCGUUGGUGUGGUAUCAUGGUAUUCCCUUUGGUGUGCCGUGGCGGUGACGAUUUUAUUCUCUUUCCUCGCCUUAUCAUUUUGCCUCUAUAAGGCGUUUCUGUUGAGAAAACGAGUGCAGUCUGGGGUUUCGACGAGUCCUGUAACGGAGGCCCUGUUGGGCCCAAACCCCUUCUGA